CCUUGACAGUCGUGGCCAUUAUGAGAGAGAUCUACAUUUACUGUUGUCUUCUUCCUGCUUUAAGUACUGUGAAGAUGAAAUCUCUCAGUAAAAAUGGAAAUGUUGGGGAAAAUGUGACAUUCACAUGCUCAAACUGGGAUGGUUUGGGUAAGCCACAAAAACGAGUGAAGUACCUUUGUAAAGCUCCAUGCGAAGAUAAAGACGUAAUAAUGAAAGUAAAACCUGAGGAAACUAAAAACAAGGACAGAAUUAAAUUAAAAAACACAGGAGGCAGUUUAGUUGUGACCUUCUUUAACCUCCAAAAGUCAGACGCUAAGAAAUACUAUUGUGGAAUGGAGAGGGCUGUCUGGGAUUUAUAUAUAGAAGUGAAUCUUAAAGUUACACAAGGUCCGAGGCCAAAACCUACACCUGUCAUCACCAAGUUUUCUCCUUCACCUGCUGUUCUGAGCAGCUCCACCAUGUCUUCCAAUGACACUGAAACUACAACUGAAGAGUGUACAUCAUCACCCAACUCCUCUUCAACAAUCCCUCCUGUGUCAGCAACACAUGGAUCUGGAGGUUCACUGUAUUUCAUUGCUGUUGUAACCGUCAUGGUCGCCUUAUUGCUUAUGGCCGCGCUCGUGCUUUACAGAAUCAUUGCCAGGAAACCACCCAAGAUCGUCUCCAGUGCCAGGGACCCACGAGACGAUUCUGUGGAGGUACAGUAGCAACAUAAGCAAUCUGUGAA